AUGCGGAUACAUGCGGAGGUUGGCAGAAGGUGCUCCCGCGGCGCGAUGUGCAACUCCAGGCGUCACAAGCCCCUGCUUUGGCUCCCCGUCCCGUCCCCGCUUGGCUUCAUGGUAGAUGUUGCAGAUGUCUCUUUCCUGGACACUGUGCAGCGGAUUGUCGAGAUCCUUUUAGAUGUUAUCGAUGCCUUGAGAACGGUCAUCGAUCGCGUGAGUGCCGCAAUGCCUGGCAUCCCCUUAGCUCCUUGGGAAGAGCUACUGUGUCGCCACUGCCCCGCCUCCCCGUCAAGCACCAACAAGCUCCAUCUCCAUACAAGGUCCAGAAAGAAGCCCCACCCCUCCCGAAGACAUUUUGUUGUGAUUCUUGGGCAUCGAUCGUUUCUGCUCCUGCUGGCUCAAUGGCCCCGACGGAUAUCUCGAUGCGGCCCACUUUGGAGAGGUUGGAUGUUGCGGAUGAAGAGCUUCAUGGAGCGAGCUGAGGCUGCACUGGGCGGGCUCUCCCUGGCGCCGCCUGUGUUGCGCCCUUUGGUUGUGCCCGAUGGCAACUUCGACGCUGAGAAGGGAGACGAGCUCCAUGGUCGUUUCUCCCCUCGUGCUAGGGCCAGCUCACCGCCAUUAGCCUCUGAGGGACUUGACAAUGAUGUGAUUGUGACUCCGGUGUCACAGAUCAUGCCCGAGCUUCGGAGUUGUGUGGGAGCCCGGUUUUGCCUUUGUGCGUCGAGCAACUGCAGGUAGACCCUCCCGAGAUCUCGAGUGUGGCUUUGCCACCAACAUCACUCCUGGAGUCGAGCCAGAUAGUUGAUGCUGAGGAGAGUAGUGAUUUGGACGGUGCGAUCUCUCGCUCGCCCAAGUCCAUUGGGCGUCAGGCGUUAGUCAUCGAGCGCGGAGUUUCAGAUGUUGUUGCCCUUCCCUCAUAUGCAACCAUCGAGCAGGUGAUGACUGUGAGUGGCAUGGCCAUUGAGCCAAGUGUGUUGGCACCUACUCCAACUCCAAAUUCAAAUGCUCUGUUUGCGAAGGAACUUUGUGACUUGCUCGCUAGCGUGGAGGUUGCUAGACCUGGUUUGGGCAGGUCGAUUGCUUGCCUCCUGACGGGAACGCCAAUAAGGGGCAAACAAAAGAAAAUGGGCAAAGACAAGAGUGGUGUCAUAGGCAAGGCGUCUCUGGUUGCUUUAUGGAUGAUCUUCGGUCUCUCGGCUUGUCCUCUUGGAUUGGGAGGUGCAUGGUGUCUUGUGUCGUGGUGUUCUUGUUGGGAUUGACUUGGCGUAGUAGUAGUGUCAGGGUUUGUGGAUGUUGUGCAUUCGGAGAGUUUGGCAAGGGCCGACUGUGCGGUUGGGGGAUU